AAAGAGCUGGUGGUGGCCACAUCCCAGCUGCGCCUGAUGCUGGACAUCUCCUGCUUGGUGGAAGCCACCUUCUCAGUCUGGGUGAUGGAUACGUCAGACGUGUUGCCUUGAUGCAGUCGCAGCUGUGGAUGGAGAUGCCCCUGGGUCUGAGGCUCAAUGGCCAGGAUCGUCCCACGGAAAGACGCUCCCGGCACUGGCAUCUUCCGGAAGAGGCAUGGAGACUUCGUGGUCCGCUCUGACCUGGGCUGCUACAUGCGGACAGAGCGUCUGGAGACUGGACGCUGCAUCGAGAUCCGGGGCCUGCACCCCUCGUGCCAGGGUGGGGAUCACUACCUGGGCUCUGAGAGGGACCCCGAUAUCUACGUCAUCAAGGGUGACUCCUACCGGGUGGUACAGGACCUGAGCACAGAUGAAGGAGCUCGAGUCUACGAGCUGCAUCCCAAUUGCCGUGGCGGGGACCACUACAUGAAACGCGCCGACUUCUUCUUCAUCCUCUUCUUUGGCCAGGGGGUUGUGCGUGGUGUGUGCGAUUUAAGCACAGACUCCGGGGGUGAAGACAUCCCCCUCCAUCCCCAGUGCUGCCUGGGGCUAUAUUACUUUGGCAUUGGGAGCUACUGGGCAUUGGUCACGGUGGACCAAAGAUGGGGAGCUCAGUUCCACCUCUACAAGAGUUUUAUCAACGCCAACUUGGCUGCAGUCUACUCCAUCCACCCUGACUUGGUGAGUUUCCUUCCUGGGGGGCUGGCCCUAACCAGGGGCCCCUCCUUCAGCGGGUGGGAGUGCAUCAAAACUCUCUCCAAUGACUCGGACACCCCCAUCACCUGGACUCACGUCGUGGCCCGGAAGGUGGGUUUUGCCAAGGAGAAGGUGGCCAGCGUCGGGCGCAACUGGAACGUGGGGGCUUCUGCCUCACUCGGGGCCGGGGAGCUAACGGCGGCUGUCGUCAAGGCCCAGUUCUCCCUCUCGGCCCAGUACGGCGGGAGCAGUGUCAAGACGGAGAAGGAGGACUGGACUGAAGCCCGGGAGGAAGAGGAGACCUUCCAGGCUACCCUGGAGCCCAAACAGAGCCUCUACGUGUGGCAGUACCGCCUUGGCCUGGGCCAGGAGCCCAUCUUGUUCUGUCGGGACAUCAAGUUCACCAAAGACCCCACCCCGCCUGCCACCAUCCCGCUGCCCCAGUUUUAAGACUAUCUUGAGGUGGCCCAACCAGCGUUGGCCAGGACCUUCUUGUGCAUCCACGUGGUACAUCAUCAUCCUCUAGCAGUUGUUGGGUCACAGCUAGGCUCAGCUACCCAAGGUGGGUCUUUUAGCUCAUGCACUAAGAUCACAAGCUUCAAUCCCUGAUGCUGGUAACUCACCGAGGGGCGCAGUGGUUACACGGCUUGAGCUUCUUUGACGUGCUCUUGUGUUAAUGUCUGGAAAUCAGGAUGUGGCUGGAGAGUCCAAUGGUAUUAGCUAGUAAUAGGAAGGCUGUUGUGGGGCUGAGUCGUCCUGGAUUCAGUCCCUGGCUGGGAGCAACUGUCUUCCAUGAGUCUUUGGGUGGGUCAAAUUAGGGAAACUGACGUAUCAAGCGAUUGAAGGGUGAAAGUGAUUUAGGCACCUCAGUCCCACUAAAAGCUUCCAUGUGACCAAGUCACUGCUAAAAAUGGGGUUUGGCCCCUGAAUCACUUUGAAAAAUUUGCCCCUCACUUUGCCCCUCUGGGCAAUGGGGACAGUAGCAUUUCUGUACGGCACAGGGCGUAGUGAGAAUUGCAGGCACGAUUGGGUGUCCAUUUUCUGCAUUUGCCGAGGCACCUGUUAGAGUUUAAAUCUAGCAAAGUAGAUUUGCCGGUUGGAUAAAUAUAUUCCAUAGUGAACUGGAAUUGAAUGAGGAUAAAGCCUGGUUUGUUGAGUCCAGGCAGCUUACUUAUUCGAAUGCUAGGUUCUGCUAUUUCCCAGAUUGGGGCACUUGCUUAUCCUUAACUAAUCAACAUGUUUAUUAAUUCACCAAGGGCCACACAGGUCAUGGUAAAUCGCUAGAUUUAGAAAUCACGGUCAGAUACCCAGUAUGGACUGAACCCAAAAUACAUGUGCAGUCAAAUGAAACAGACUAGCAUUGGGCCCAGCUGUUGGAGACUGAUCCAUAAGAUUUCUUUCGACAUUUACUUCUAAUAAUCAGUCACCAGUUCUGUAGUAUUUCUGCUACGUUUAUCACCCUCCCAGGAGUCCAGCGACUCUUGUCUUAAGGGACUUUGAGGCCAUGUGAUCACCAUGGUCCCAUCUGGCUUGGAAACCCUGCUCUGGGAAUGCCUUGGUGGGAAAGGCACUAAUUUAAGUGAUCAAAAGCAAUUGCCUGAUAUUAAAUUUCCCUCUGGCCAACUGACUUGGCUUUAUAAAGGUUUAUCCACAUACUGGUAAAAAUCUAAACUACCAAUUCUUGGGUCUGUCACCAGGAAGAGGCUGGGCUCAUCAGGGAAUUUGCAGGUCCCAGUUUUUAAAGGCCACAAGAGACCCAGUCUCUGAAAUGAAAUCUCAUUGCGCCUUCUCAGCCCUGGGAACUCUCCAGUAGAGGGCGUCAUUCCACACGGCUGGUCUGUGUUGGUAGCACUUCUGCAGCUCCCUUUGUGGAUUCUUCUGCUGAAGCCCUAUCACCUUAGAGGAAGGGCGAGUAGGACAAUUGGGGGUGAGCUAUCUCUGGGAUCCCACAGGGCAUCCUCGGUUUUAUACAUCCUGAUUUAAGGGCCAUUGGAAACCACUCGGCUUCUGAUUUCUACUGGACACUUGCUUCAUGACCAUCAGACUUUGCUUGUUUGCAGUGUAGAUGAGACCAUAAGAACGGCCAUGCUGGGUCAGACCAAUGGUCUAUCUAGCCCAGGAUCCUGUCUUCCAACAGUGGCCAAUGCCAGGUGCUUCAGAGGGAAUGAACAGAACAGGGAAUGUUUGGUCCCAGGACAUGAGAAAGACAAGGCGGGUCAGGUAAUGACUUUUAUUGGACCAGCGUCUUUUGAUGAAAGGACCAAGUUCUGCCCCAGCUCUGUGGAGCUCGAAAGCUUGUCUCUCUCAUGGACAGAAGCUGGUCCAAAAAAAGGUAUCAGCUCACCCACCGUGUCUCUCCCUCUCUCAGCCUUUAGCUGAUUUCCUCUGCUGCUUCCAUCUACGUCCAGUAGAUGGUGAUGGUGUCCAACAGAUAUCUUUGAUUCUUUCCUCGGAGGGUUUUUAAGCUGUAUUGAUUUCAGGGACUGUAUUUCUCUGUAUUCACCCCAGCUAUGAGUUGGGAUCCCCAGCUAUGAGUUGGGAUCCUCUCCAGGAUUUUAAGCACUGUCUGAUGCUUCGCUGAUUUCAAUUCUUUUUCCUUCUCGCACCCAACGAACCCGCUAACCUCUAGGGUGCAACAGUCCUUCUGAAAGCAAACACAAUCCAUUAUAGUUCCCCUAAACAUAGUGGGCUUUUGGCUAGUUCUAAUAGCUUUGCUUUCAUGCCUUUAAACCGGCAACAUUCACGUGGAGGUGGAUGAUCUGAUGCAGACCAACACACAGCUCCUAAUUGGGGGGUGGAAGAUAACGGAGGAGCAAAACAGAUUAUCCAUGGGAUAUUUUCCCUAGAUUCAGCCAUCCUGCUCUUCCAGGACAGUCUUCCAACUUUAGCUGAGCCGAGGUGUCACAAGGUUAAUGGUAGUUUUCUUAUGGUCACUAGUUUCCAGCUGGAGUUCAGAACUAGCCUAUUUUGGGGGGAUCGGAGGGGAACAGCUUUUCUGCCCUUUGAGGACUGAGAAGAACUAAUUAUUAUUAGUCACAUAUUCUAGGCAUAUUUCUAACAGGAUGGUAACCCAAACUGUGAGACCUUCAGAUCCUAAUGUGGUUCAUACAAGUGACUGGCUCAGUACUGGAUAACUGGCUUAUCUGAGGUCUGCACUAGCUGAUUUAAUGGUCCCUUUAAAUCCCUGGAUAUGAGCACCACUAUGGACUAUUUCCCGCUACCUGAAACCUGCAUAUGGGCCUUUAA